CAUUGUAACGUUUACCCUUGAAAGAAAAAACACUGCCAAUCGCGGAGCGAUUCCCUCACAUUUUUCGAUGGCAGAAGAUGCUACACGAACACUUCACCUCUCUUCCCACAGUCCUUCACUCCGGAAGCGCUAUUCUGUCCUGCCACGUCACGUUUUGCAAAAAGGGAUUCGCCGGCACAAAACGUCGUCAUCAGUUUACAGACAAGUCUUAUUGCAAGUAGGCACGGUGAUAAAACUGCUAGCAGAGAGCAAUCUUUACUGCACCGAUAGAGGUUGAAAGCCUUAUCUUUUGUUUCUUUACAGUUUUCCAUAUUUACAAACUUUUUUUUUACUGCGCAAACAUGCGAUUUCUUUUGCUGUUCUGCCUGAUGGUGAACGCUGUUCUCGUUUCCAGUACUGAGCUGACGUUUGAAUUACCAGAUAACGAUAAACAGUGCUUCUACGAGGAACUUGAAAAAGGAGUUAAGUUUGAUAUAGAUUAUCAAGUCAUUGCUGGCGGGAAUUAUGAUGUUGACUGCUUUGUAGCUGAUCCACUGGACAGAGUCUUGUAUCAGGAGAAAAAGAAGCAGUACAACAGCUUCUCACACACCACAGAAGAGAAAGGUGUUUACAAAGUCUGUUUCAGCAAUGAAUUCUCCACCUUCUCUCACAAAACCAUCUACCUUGAUUUCCGAGCUGGGGAAGAGAAGCCUCUCAUUCCUGAAAUGAGCAGGGCCACUGCACUCACUCAGAUGGAGUCGGCCUGCCUUUCGCUGCACGAGAUCCUGAAGACGGUGACCGACUCGCAGACCUGGUACCGGCUGAGGGAGGCCCAGGACCGGAUCCGGGCGGAGGAGAUCCACGACCGCGUGACCUACUGGUCCAUCGGCGAGACCUUCAUCCUCUUCGUGGUCAGCAUCGGCCAGGUGGCCAUGCUCAAGAGCUUCUUCACGGACAAGAAAAGUGGCGUGGCGGCCAACACAUAGCUGUAGCUCCGAGAGCGCCUGCCCUCUCGGCCGCCUUGGAGUGCUGGCGGGAGGGGAAGGUUUCGAGAAACGGGGGAAAGCAGGUGGUACUCUACUCCCUCCCAUCACCCUAGGCCCCAGUCCUGCCUGUUAAUAUUUCAUCAACUGGCCAGUUUCGAUUGUAAUGAAUAGCCCAGCAGAUGAAGAAUAAUAUAAUAAUGAACGGCCUGACGACUGAGUAAAAAUAUUUCCAAGCGGCUGCUCAGUUUGCUUUGUAAGGAGCAGCCCAGCAGACGAGCAAUGAGUCUGAGUAGACCUGCUGCUUAGCUGACAAGACCCGCACAGUGGGCGCUACCUAAACACCAAGACCCCCUGAGAGCUCACAGUCCAAGUCUGACUGAUGCUAGUUCCUUUCUGUACUAAGUGAAGACAGCACUGAGGCCCUGAGUGACUGGAGUUCUGUACCACCAAAAUGAAGCUUAUGAGCCCAUCGGGCAUUUUAAGAUUGGAACGAUGCAUCAUCGUUAAAAUGAAACUGUAACUUACCUGAAGAUUGCAUUCCUUUUUAAGGGGAUUUUUGCGUUUGUUUGUUUUUUUAAUAUUUAUUUUUUUCUCACAGGGCACCCCUUCAGCUGUACAGCUACAUAAAUAGUUUCUCCUGUGUCAUUACAUAGUGAAUAUGUACUAGUAAAAAAAAAAGUCUCUCUCUGAUGUGUUGCAUUAAAAGUGAGUUUUAUUUUUACUCUG